CCAGCUACACGCUGAGCUUCCAACGACACUCAACAUUUGAUUCCUUUGGUUCUAUCAAAAUUAAACUCAAACUCUACAAUCAACGAUCAAUUUUACACGUUAAACUACGAAAAUGGUUGUCGCCGGUACAAUUUCACGCGUUCAAAGGAUGGUUGAUCGCGUUGUAACCCCUGAACAGAGAUCCCAGUUCUAUGGGAAUGUCUCCGAGUUCUUUCAGGAACAACCUCUUAUUGCUACAUUCCUCCUCGCAACCCUGAGCAUCUCUCUCGUGCCUCUCUUCCUCUUUACAACAUUCACCAUCUCGGUCCUCGCGUUUUCCUUCAUAUCUGCUAUCCUCUUCUCUUUCAUCUGGAUCGGAAUUGCUUUGCUCUUACUUGUGCCAACUCUCUUCGUUACUUGCGGAUUGGGGAUUCUGGUGUGGGUAUGGGCUGUUAGUUCAUGGGUUGUGGCAAGAUGGCUUUAUGGAUUUGUGUCUGCGAGCAAUGGGGCGGGAGAAUUGAGAUUCCCGAACGGGAAGAGAAUGGUGGUUAAGAAGGAGGAGGGAGAGGUGCCAAGAGCGGAAAUUAGAAAUGGAAUCUGACUACGCGAUGCUAUGAAAGUAGAGCAUGAAGAUGGAGCGCGGGGUGAGGAGCAAGGAUGGUAAAUAGGUAAUCAGGCGGGCUCGGAGUGGUGGAGUACAUUGGCUGUAAGACUAGGAAUUCGGGAUCAUGGUAAUGGAUAGAUGGAUGGGGCGAACGGGUACAUAGAAAUGGAAUAUUUGGGGACUUUUCAAAAAGAGAACGGAACACGGAUAAGUUCCUUUUAGCCAAUUCUCCUGGCAUUAUUUCAUUUGCACUGUCAUGAGUUAUUGAUUGGAGUUCUCCUUUAUCAUCUUCUUUAUCCUGCAACAGCUGCUUACUUCUACCCUGAGGAUCGAAAGCAAGAUCUACAUGUCGGUGCAACGAACGAUGUGUUUAUGACUUCGCCGAGAAAGGAUAUUCGCUGCUCCCUCGCAUCAGUCUCCCCAGCGUCAUCAACUGGAUCUAUUCUACCUCGUGUUGCUUUCUCACAAGGAAAGUAGGAGCGCAAGUCAGUCCACAUUUGUGUAAAAAGAAAAUGUUCAUGGAAUAGAUUGUGUAAAUGGAAAAAGAUAUGGGUUGAAGCUCGAAAUGAAGUUUCGUCUUUAGCUAGAUCCCAUUUCAAUCGGAUGAUAUACCAAAAUAGCACACUCCAAUUCACUAGAUAAUGGCCGUCGCGUUAUUGCUCAUUUUAAAUAUCUAAGUGACCAAACAAACGCGUAAAUAGUUUCGAGCUUGUUUACCUACCCCGCCAUAAUAUGAUUUUAAACUUCACACUCCUUUGAAGUUUAAAAAAUUGG